UUUUUUAUUAUAUCAUGCCUAUAAGAAUGCUUUUUAAACCACUUCUUAUUUAGUAAAUAACUAAUUUAAAUAAAUAGAUAAGCUUGUCAUUUCAUUAUUUGUACUUUGAAAUUAAUUAAUAUUAAAAUCAGAAAAAUUGUAUGAUCAUUUAUUAGACAAACAUUGAUUUCUUUUUUCUUAUCUCUUGCAGGAUUUCUGGUAGGUCCUUUUUUAGGAUAAGAUGCUGUAACUGUUGAAACGCCAGUCUGCAUUGAUUCACAGACAGUUGGCUUUUCAGCUGGAAAGCCUUUUUUUCCCCCCUUGCUGGUAUACUGAACUUAUGAAAUCAUGGCAGAAGGAGAGACAGAGUCACCUGGGCCCAGAAAGCGUGGCCCCUACAUUUCAUCUGUCACUAGCAGGAGUGUGAACUUGAUGAUUCGUGGAGUGGUACUAUUUUUUAUUGGAGUAUUUCUUGCAUUAGUGUUAAAUUUACUUCAGAUUCAGAGAAAUGUGACGCUCUUUCCACCUGACGUGAUCGCAAGCAUCUUUUCUUCAGCAUGGUGGGUACCGCCGUGCUGUGGCACAGCCUCAGCUGUGAUUGGGUUAUUAUACCCCUGCAUUGACAGGCAUCUAGGAGAACCACAUAAAUUUAAAAGAGAGUGGUCCAGUGUGAUGCGGUGCGUAGCCGUCUUUGUUGGUAUAAAUCAUGCCAGUGCUAAAGUGGAUUUUGAUAACAACAUACAGUUGUCUCUCACACUGGCUGCACUCUCCAUUGGACUUUGGUGGACCUUUGAUAGAUCUAGAAGUGGUUUUGGCCUUGGAGUAGGAAUUGCUUUCUUGGCAACCUUGGUCACUCAACUGCUAGUCUAUAAUGGUGUUUAUCAAUAUACAUCUCCAGAUUUUCUCUAUGUUCGUUCUUGGUUACCGUGUAUAUUUUUUGCUGGAGGCAUAACAAUGGGAAACAUUGGUCGACAGCUGGCAAUGUAUGAAUGUAAAGUUAUCGCAGAAAAAUCUCAUCAGGAAUGAAGAAGGCAAAAAUAUAUCUUUUGUACAGAAAAACAAGAUGAAAAGGGCAUGUAAAUGAUAGCUAUAUCAACAAAGCUUCAGACUGUAAAAUUGCCAGGGUGCAGUUUUCCCCUUGAUAUGUGUGUGUGUGUGUGUGUGUGUGUGUGUGUG